AUGAAGACCUCAAAAAGCAGCUUCAUCCUUGGGACAUUCACGUUUGCUUUCUGCCUGCCUUCGGCAGUUUCUCUCGAGACUGUUACCAUCCCAGAGAAGCUCAAGUCAGCUAUGGUUAAAGUCUCUGUCAGCACCACAUCCUGCAGUGUCACCUGUGGGCUAGGCUUCAAGGUGGAGGAAAUGUGUGAGAUUGGUUCUGAUGGGGAAAGGAGGCACUGUACCUUUCGCAGGUCAGACUGUCUGACCAGCUGGAUCUGUGGAUUACUCCACUUCACUGUUCGUGUUGGUAAACCAUUUGAGCUUAGCUGCCUGACUUCUGAGAUGAUUGGCGUUGGUAGCCAGGCCUUUAUCUACACCUGGAGGCUUGCCAGAGGCAUUAUCACCACAAAUGACAUGCUUUUCAAGUCUAUCAAGACCCCUAGUUAUGUCAUCAAACUUUCCCCUGCCAAGGAAUCUGAUGCAGGGACUUACCGAUGUGACGUGCAGCUGAUGAAGACGUUCAAGCUGGUCAAGAGGAUCUAUUUUGGGCUCCGGGUGAUCCCUACUGACUUAAUAGAGCUGAACUUCUACAAAUCCUUGACCCUGGAACAGAAACUUGCGGAAUAUAAAAAGGAAGGAAACGGAGGGAACGGCACCAGUUUCCUGUCACAAUGGCAGCAGGACUCCUGGCAAAGAAGGGCCUCGUUUGUGUUCCUGGUAGGGAUUGGAAGUGGGGUAACAGCAGGUAUCUUGGUGGGUGCGGUCGUCUUCUUUUUGCUAAAGGCUCGCAGAAAAAACGAAGUCAGAGAGGGAUGA